UUCCACUGACCGUCUUGGUGGAGGGGUCCUGGGAUCUGACACUGUGGAGAAGCUGCCCCGUCUGCUCCUUAUCUUAGUAAUGAGGAAAUUACAGUGUUCAUCGCGGGCUCGUGAAUGUCAGGCACCGGCACAGUGCUGGCUGUGCGUGAACAGCGAUGUCUGGUUUGUAAGCUGAGGGCAUCGGCGUGGAGAAUGUGUCAGACAGUCUAUUAGGGUGUAGGACAGGGAGUGACCAUCUCUCUGGGGAAGCCAAGGAAGAUUUACCAGAGCAGGUGGCAUUUAUCUACAUUGUGUCUGGAAAAACGGAAGGGAAGGUGACGGGAAGAGCAAAGAGCCCUUAAGGAAAAGCAAGGUCGCCAUUUCCCUAAACGUCCAAAGCAUAUGCUUAUAGUAGAAGCAAAGUUUGAUGGAGAACAGUUGGCUACUGAUCCUGUGGAGCAUACUAACCAACCAGAAUUCGCCACCGAGUUAGCCUGGGAGAUUGAUAGGAAAGCACUUCAUCAACACAGACUACAACGUACUCCUAUCAAACUCCAGUGUUUUGCUGUGGAUCCUGUGUCUUCUGCCAAGGAAACCAUAGGGUAUAUUGUUUUGGACUUGAGAAGUGCCCAAGAAACAAAGCAGGCACCAAAGUGGUACCAGUUGCUGAGUAACAAAUACACCAAAUUCAAGUCUGAGAUACAGAUAAGCAUCACUUUGGAAACAGAUACAAAGGCACCAGUGGAUAGUUUUAAAGCAAAAGGAGCCCCGCCUCGAGAUGGAAGAGUACCUGCCAGCCUGCCUGGAGUUGACCCAAAGGACAUUGUAGCGGUGCUGAACGAGGAAGGCGGCUAUCAUCAGAUUGGACCAGCAGAGUAUUGUACUGACUCCUUCAUUAUGUCAGUGACCAUAGCGUUUGCCACCCAGUUGGAGCAGUUAAUUCCAUGUACCAUGAAGCUCCCAGAAAGACAGCCUGAAUUUUUCUUUUACUAUUCUUUAUUGGGAAAUGAUGUUACAAAUGAACCCUUCAAUGAUUUAAUUAACCCAAACUUUGAGCCAGAGAGAGCAUCUGUUCGCAUACGUAGCAGUAUAGAAAUCCUUCGCGUGUACCUGGCUCUUCAGCCUAAACUACAGAUCCAUCUGUGCUGUGGAGACCAGUCACUUGGAAGUACGGAAAUACCUUUAAAUGGCCUACUCAAAAGGGGCAGUACAGAAAUCAACCAGCACCCCGUCACAGUUGAGGGUGCCUUUAUCCUUGACCCUCCAAACCAAGCCAAACAGAAGCUUGCACCUAUUCCUCUAGAGCUCGCCCCAACUGUGGGAGUGUCUGUGGCUCUGCAGAGAGAAGGUGUCGACUGCCAGUCUUUAAUUGACUUAAAGACCCAGAAUGGACAUGAGCCAGAACUUUCAAAGAAGAGUGUUUUAACUCCCGUGAAGGACAAGACGCUUCCUGGUUGCAGAUCACCGGCUGUGUCUCCUGCUGCACCUCACAACCAGACAUCUCCCACCAAAGAUGGUGCCACAGAGAGUGAGGUAGAAAGCUUGCAGUAUGACAAGGAUGCAAAAGCACAUGGAAAGGGCGCCAGUUCCUCUGUACCAGCUCCCCUGGCCCUACCAGUUGCUCCAUCCAGUGCUUCAGAAGCAGCCUCUGCACAGAAGAUUGCUGUUCCCACAGCCUCCCAUCAUUUCUGCUUUGCAAUAGACCUAAGGAGUAUCCAUGGCUUGGAACUUGGUUUUCCAGUCAACUGUAUAUUGAGGUAUUCAUACCCGUUUUUUGGAAGUGCAGCUCCUAUUAUGACAAAUCCUCCUGUAGAAAUUCGAAAAAACAUGGAAGUUUUUCUCCCCCAGUCUUAUUGUGCAUUUGAUUUUGCAACUCUGCCUCAUCAGCUGCAAGAUACCUUCUUAAGGAUGCCUUUGCUGGUUGAAUUGUGGCACAAGGACAAAAUGAGUAAAGAUUUACUCCUAGGGAUUGCAAGAAUCCAACUUUCUAACAUCUUCUCUUCAGAAAAAACUCGCUUUUUAGGCUCUAAUGGUGAACAGUGUUGGCGUCAGACUUACAGUGAAAAUGUGCCUGUUGUAGCAGCACAAGGGUCAAAUAACAGGAUAGUAGAUCUUUCUUACACAAUGACUCUAGAAGAUUAUGGACUGGUAAAAACGCGUGAGAUUUUUGUCUCUGAUUCAUCUCAGGGUUUGUCUGCUGGACGGCAGAGGCCAUCCUCUCUUCCUCCGGUGCCUUGUCCUUCAGAGAUCCAAACAGAGCCCCGGGAAACACUGGAGUACAAGGCGGCACUCGAGCUAGAAAUGUGGAAGGAAAUGCAAGAAGACAUUUUUGAAAAUCAGCUAAAACAAAAAGAACUGGCUCACAUGCAAGCUCUGGCAGAGGAAUGGAAAAAAAGGGACAGAGAGAGAGAAUCACUAGUAAAGAAAAAGGUGGCAGAAUAUAGUAUUCUGGAAGGAAAACUCCAGAAAACCCUAAUCGACUUAGAGAAGCGAGAACAGCAGCUUGCCAGUGCAGAAUCAGAGCUUCAAAGAGAGAAGAAAGAGUUGCAAUCAGAGCGUGAACGGAGCCUAAAGGAGGUGCAGGACUCCAUCCGUAGGGUCAAAGAAGAUUGUGUUCACCAAGUAGAGCUGGAAAGAUUAAAGAUCAGGCAGCUGGAAGAAGAUAAACGCCGACUUCAGCAGCAGCUUAAUGAUGCUGAAAAUAAGUAUAAGACUUUGGAAAAAGAGUUCCAGCAGUUUAAGGAUCAGCAAAGCAACAAACCGGAAAUCCGUCUACAGUCUGAAAUAAAUCUUCUCACCUUAGAAAAGGUUGAACUUGAAAGAAAGUUGGAAUCUGCAACUAAGUCUAAACUACAUUACAAGCAGCAAUGGGGCCGAGCCUUGAAGGAGCUUGCCAGACUUAAACAGAGAGAACAAGAAAGUCAAAUGGCUCGUCUUAAAAAGCAGCAAGAAGAAUUGGAGCAGAUGAGACUUCGUUACCUAGCUGCUGAGGAAAAAGAUACAGUGAAAACUGAGCAACAAGAGUUGUUGGAUAUAAGAAACGAGCUGAACAGAUUAAGGCAACAGGAACAGAAACAGCGCCAGGAUUCCAGGGAAACCGCCAGCGGGAAGACGGAUGACCUGCGCGGCUCGGCGCUGGAGGAAGGCAUGGAUGAUUAUUUGACUCGCCUGAUAGAGGAAAGGGAUACGUUAAUGAAAACGGGUGUAUAUAAUCAUGAGGACCGGAUAAUCAGUGAACUUGACCGACAGAUCAGAGAGGUUUUAGCUAAAAACAGUGCCAGUAAUUAAUGUUCAGAAAACCUUUACAGAGACUUUAGGUUUAAAUUUCAAUUUUACUGUAAAUCUCACAGAUGAAGAAAAUGGGUAUUUUUAAAUGCUAUUUUCAAUUUUUUAUAAGCAGAAUUUUGUAUGUCACUGUAUAGUAUUUAUUUGAUUUUAUUUAUGCUACCUCUCCUAUGCUGGUUUUAUUCAUAAUUAUACUUUGUAUACUCAUUUUAAAAUUUCAGUGUUCCUCAGCUUAUAAUCUGAUGACUGACUUUUAUAACAGCUUUCCAGUAAAUUUGUUCUAGGAGAAAUGACUGUAGUAAUUUCCAGCUAUAUAAUUUUUCUUGUUGCUCUGUAAGAGUAUAUGUUGCACUUUAAUAAUUUCGUGUCUUGUUCCUUUUGAGUAUAAAUAUCUUAUAAGUUAAAACCAAUUAAAAAUGUAGCAGGUUUUUUAACUCAUACUAGAUAACAUUUUCCCUUAAUUUGUAAUUAUUUGCAAGUGACAAGUUUCAAAACAAAGUAGUAUCAAUGCAGAGAAACCAUAUGACAUAUUGGGUGACAAAUUAAUCAUUUGUGUAACAUAACUGCAUAUUAAACUUGUUUUAAGAACUAUUGAAUUUUAAAAUUUUCAAUAUAUUCGUGACUUCUAAAAGCAUAAAUUAUUUGCUUACCAUGUUUCUUUUCUGUCUCCUGCUCAAGACUGAAUUGUCUUCUUUUGUUAAAAUUAGAUUCCCUUUUAUAUUCCAGUGAUUGAAAACCUAGCUGUUAAGCCACCUGUAACACGAUAUAGAAACAGACACAAAGGAUUUAGCUGGAAAGAUGAAACAAUUUUUUUUACUCCAAUUUUAAUCAGCCUUUUUCAGAAGUACAUGAGAUUUAAGUCCUUGGGUUUAUGAAUGUAGUGUCGUGUCUGUCUGAACUUUAGUUUCUUUACGUUAUAUUCUCAGAGCCAACGUUGUUCUCAGAGCAGCACUUUACACACACACACAUACGUGCACCCUUUUUAUAGUACUGACACUGAUUACUCACAAAUUCACAAAUUAGGUAGGGUUUUAAAAUAUGCAGUUUAAAAAUAUGACUCUCAAAUGUAAGUAUGUACUUUAGGAGGUAUAUACUAAUUAUCAGUAACUUCAAUAAAAGCAGAGUAAGUUACUCAAUAACAUUAAAUUAAUGUUCUGUUAUUUUCAACAAAGUGUAUUUCUUGUUUGGGAAGUUAAAGUCCAUAUUUACAUUAUAUGUUUUUCCCUUUAUUAACAAAGUAUUAGUCCUCUUUAAAAAAGAAAGAAACCAGCAGUAAAUAACAGAGAAAUUAGUCACUGAAGGAUGGAGUAAUGAAUCAGCUAAUCAUAGCAGGAAUUUGAAAUAUUAAUUAUGGUUGUUUUCGCUCAUUGAUUUUUAUGCCACAUGAAUGGAACAAAAGUAUUCUUUCUGAUUCUACUAUGACAACCUUUAUUUGCAUUGUGUGAUAUCUGUAACUUUUCCAACACUAGAGGGGGCCUUAGAUUUAAAGAAAUAAGAAAGAUUUUUUUUGUAAAUGUAUGUGUGGUUUAUUUUGCCUUCUGUAAAGCAGUCUUUUGGCUUUUGCAAUUUAACAAAUAAAAUAAUAGUAUACAUCUUUGA